AUGGGCGACGGCUCGGACACUCUUGUGGAGGUUGCGGUCGAGGACGCCGACUUUUCUUCCUGCUCUGAACCUUUCAGUGUCGAGUCCGUUGUCCUCGAGCUGGAACGUGAGAUUGAGGGCGAGCGUGUGGCCCGCGAGGACCUGGCCCGCCGCGUGCAGAAUCUCGAGCGAACUGUCGCUGCCCUGCAGUCUCGCUGUGCUGAUCUUGAGCAGGACGUGGAAGUGGUUUCUACUCGACUGGCGUCCGUCAACGCCUUCUUGCACGGCUUCAUCAGUCGCUUGGGACAGCUCUUCCGCGUUGUCAUCAACCGCUUGCCCACUGCGUCCCUCAGCGAUGCUCUGGCAGAUCCGUCUGACUUUCAUUCGCGACUGGUGGCGGCCGAGACGCCAGCAGUUUUGGAUGCCACCUCCAUCAGUGUUUCAGAGUUCUCUUGGCACGCACACCUUCAAGAAGCCCGAGUCUUACCGCCCCUCUUGCCAUGGGAGAGGGGCCCCUUGACUUGGGUCUUUGGAGAGCCGGCCAAAAGAUCUCGCAUCAGCUUACCAAAGGACUUCGCUGCAUCCCCCCUGGAAAAGCAUGGGACAGAGAAGGCUCCCCUCGUGAUCCAUCAGCCAAUCCCAGAUUUUGCCAAAAGGAGGCUCCGUGUUGCAUCUCUACUGGUCACCCAGGACACUUCGAGAUGGGAGGCCCUUCGCAAACUUCAAGUGCUGGUGCUUCUGGACCCUUCGGCGACUCAAGUUGGGCAGGUGUUGGCGGCUGAGGCGUCUUUGCUAAGGGACAACAGUUUCUUACAGCGAGCCUUUUCCGAUGUCUUCGAGGGGAAAAGCACUUCUACACUGGUGAAAAGGGCUUCUUCCUUGUGGCGCUUCGCCAACUUCUGCAUCGACGGUGGCUUCGGGAACCCGCUUGAGGUCUCGGAGCAUGCUCUGUACCAGUACAUGUUCCACCUCGAAGAGCACGGAAAGCCAACCACGGGCUCCUCAUUUCUCCAGGCUUGGAACUUUGCGCUUCACACCCUCAAGUUGAACCGUCCCAGGUCGCUGGGGGCGCUGUCAGCAAGGGUUAAGGGUGCAGCCCAACGGAUGUACUCGAAGAAGCGCAAACUGGUGCAAGCCCGACCCUUGACUGUGAAGCAGGUCAAAGCCCUGGAAUACGUCGUCCUCAAGGCGCCCUACAUUCACUGGAAGAUCAUCGCUGGCCACCUUCUUCUGUGUGUAGGGUCCAGCAGCCGCUUUGGGGACUCAAUUUGCCUGGCAGUCCUCAAGGUUGAAACGGCGCAGGGCUUCACCUUGGUCGAGGCUGAAAGCUCAAAAUGGAAGACCGGAAAUGCUGCCUCCCGGCGUGCUCAGCUGCUUCCCCUCGCUUCUCUUGGGAAGUUUUUCGCAGAUGCUCCGUGGGCCGUCGAAAGGAUGGCUCUGAGAGAGAAGCUGGGCUUUGGUCUAGAUCCUGCACUUCCGGCUUAUUCCGAGGCGACUGGCGAGUGGCUGCAGCGGCCUAUGUCGACGGGCGAGGCGACCUUAUACUUGAGAGAGUUUUUGUCUGCUGCAUCUCAACCAUAUGAUGGUGUUGGCUCCCACUCCCUCAAGACGACAGUCCUGUCGUGGGCCGCCAAAUCAGCUGAAGUGCCCCUGAGUGACCGCCGCCUGUUAGGGCAUCACGUCGAUCCAGGCGUGGCGUCCCCUUUGACAUAUGCGCGGGAUGAACAAACCCGCCUCAUGAGGGUUGUACAUCGCCUCGUGGAGAGAAUCUGCAAGGGCCACUUCCGUCCAGACGACACGAAGGUCUGGCGCUUAGCCAAGCUCAUCUCCUCCGAUUGUGGGGGCGAUGCCCUGGCUGAGAACGUGGUGCAGGGCGACCCGGGCGUGCCGGAGUCCGAUGAGGAGGACGAUGACUUCGAUGAGAGGGACAUGGCCGCGAACACAGGGGUCAUUUCAACUCGUGAGCCCAUGAGCGCUGCAGAGCUUGAUGCCACAGCUGAUUGUCGUAUGCACGUAUUUUCCCGUGUGGUGCAUGUUUUGGACGGCAAUCGUUUUCUUUGUGGUAGGAGUUGCUCGCAGAACUAUUCGCCGAUUGAUGUCAGUGCGACCUUCACGGCCCGGGCCCUCGAGCUUGGCAUGGAGAAGGGCUUCUUAGACUUGUUGAUCAAGGCCAAUGUGAAGUCCCUGGGUGCGCUGGCUUUCGUCAGCCCGUACCAGAUCGGCCAAGCUGAUGAGAAGCCCCUGAUUGAUGCUGUCCGGGAUCUCAUCCGGCGGGAUGUCACUACGCGGGAGCUCAUCCCGCUUCGACGCUUGUGGUUCGAGGCUAGCACAACCGUCAUGGGUGAGCUCAAGCAAAAGGUUGAGCGUCAGGACUCGGCUGAGCCUAUUCGCCUGACCAUAGCCGAGAGGACCACGAGGCUGGAGGAGCAGAAGAAGCGUCUCGUGGGGGUUUGCAUCACGAGUGAGUCCGAACCGUCUCAUCGCCUCGUGGACCUUGUUUUCCAGCAGGGUGCUGAUCAGCAACUUUCUUGGAUCCCCUGGGAGCGUCUGACUAGCAGGGCUCAUGAGGUUACCCACUCUCGCAGUGACCUCGGGCUUCAAUUCGAUGCUGCUGGAAAUCUCCGCCUCACCAAGAAGAUGCAGGAGAGCUCCUGCACGCUUAGCGGGGAACUACAAAUCCGCCAGGCCCUUCAGAGGCGCGCUCUGGCGUACGACCUCGCUCGUUUGUGUGAUUUCUCGGCCAUGGAGUUGUACCACGAGGAGCUCUUCUUCUUGCUGACUCGAAGCCCCCCGCAGGGCUGUCUCUACGUCACCAUGGCCCAGGUCCGCGAGUCCGACAAACAGCUUUUCGUCCGGCUAGCUGAGAAGACUCGUGGUGCUUUGACUGCUCGCCCAGAUGGCUCUAAGCCUUUGCAGGUGCAGCUCGAGGCCCUAAAGAGCCACCCCCAGGUCCAGUUCUGCCUCAUCCCGGCUCCGAAAUCGGCCCGCUUCCAGCCCUACGAGCCGCCUGAGGGUCGCUCCGACCGUGCCGCUGGUGGCAAGAAGGGGCAGCCUCCCAAGGGCAAGGGGGCCCAGACCUCGGGUGGGGGUGGCAAAGGCACUUCGCUGACUUUGGCCCACCUUCUCCAGGUCUUCCACUCUUUGCCGGGUGAGGAGGCCCCUCGCAGCGGCUCCACCGAUCAGAGCCGUGUUUUCCAGGCGGGGGCGUAUGUGCAUGGUGCGUUAACUGGUCUGCGUCGCUCGUGCUCCUUGUAUCCAGAGGCAAUUAGAACAUUUUGCUCUUUUAUUUGUGAAAAGACUCCUCCGGAGUUCGUGUUUAGCAACAUUGCAAUUUUCCAGAACCUGCGUACUGAACUGCAUCGGGAUAAGAAUAAUUUAAGGGCUACUUUGAACUUCGCGGUGGCCAUUUCGGCCUUCGAAGGGGGCCAAGUUUGGAUUCAGGCUGAUCCCGCAUCCUCGAAGUCGGGCAUUUUGCUCGAUGUGACGGCCCAGGGCGUCUACUUCAACGCCCGUGAGCGCCUUCAUUGCACAUGUCCAUGGACCGGCUCACGCGUGGUCGUCGUUGCCUUCAGCCUGCGUGGCUCCGAUUGCCUGCCCAAAGCAGAAGCCUUGACCCUUAGUUCUUUGGGGUUUAGGGUCCCUUCCCCUGGCGUUGACAACAGUCACUUGGAGUCCUCUGGCCGCCCCUGCUCCGAGCCGCCAACUGAGGUGCCGCCUCCCUUUCGGUUUAGGCCCCCUCCCCCGGGUAUAGUCCCCAUGUGCACCCCCGCUGAGACCUCUUGGUCCGCGGGCUCCUCAGCAGCCACACCCGCGCCCUCGAGCUCCUCCCCUCCGUGCACCCCCGCUGCGGCCUGCUUGCCCGCGGGCCCCGACCCACCCGGCGUUGCCGCCUUCCCUCCGGAGCCGCCUGGGGGCAACUUGGCAGCUCCGACGUUUGUUGAGCUGUUUGCUGGUUGCGCUCGUCUCAGCUCUACUUUCGCAGCCGCUGGUGUGCCCGCGUUGGCGGUGGACGGCCCCCGAAAUCAGCACAGGCCUUUGCAUCCUGUCUGGACGCUCGACCUCACCGUGCCCCUUUGUCAGCGCCUUUUGCGUGAGCGCCUUCUCUCUGGGCGCCUUUUGGGCAUUCACCUUGGCCUCCCGUGCGGAACUGGCAGCCGCGCUCGAGAGAUCAAGCUCCCAGCUCAUCUUUUGCGAUCCGGCGCGCCGCAGCCUCGCCCCUUGCGCGAUGCUACAUACUUGCUGGGCCUUCCCGGCCUUUCCUCUGCCGAGCAAGCCAAAGUUGACGCGGCAAAUGAACUCUGCCGCUUCGUUGUUUCCCUGCUGCUGGACGCCUAUGCCAAAGGCUGGACCGUGACCAUAGAGAAUCCGGUGAACUCCUGGAUGUGGAGUGUUCUCGCCUUGUUUGUUCGGCAGACCGGGAAGCGUGCUUUUCAGAGCUGGUAUGCAAGCUUGUUCCAUGUUGACUUUGACCAGUGUAUGUGGGGUGGCCAUCGAAAAAAGGCUUCUCGCUUUCUCACCUCCGCAUCUGAACUGAGAGGGCUCGUGGCUCCCUGUGACGGUCGGCACACACAUGCACCCUUUCAGAUCUACCGCAAGGCGGGGGGCUGGCAGUUUGAGACCGCUCUGGAGGCCGAGUAUCCCGCUGAGCUGUGCUUGCAGUAUGUCUCUCUUCUUGGGGCCCGCCUGAGCCUGCCUGCACCAGCCCCCAGGCGGCCUCUACUCCGCCAGCCCCGCCGCCGUCCUCCGCUGGUGCCCGAGUACAAGUUUUUCACUCAUGUUCGCCCCCUUGAGGGUGAGUUUCGCGAGCUCUCUUCUGAGGGGGGAGGAGACGGGAGCCGCUCAACUUUUGCAGUCCUGCAUACCAAGCAGGAGUUUGUGGCCAAGGCCUGUCAGGUACCGCACCCCUUUGAUGCAUCUGACUCCAUAGACGACCAGGUCAAGAGGAACAUUUUUGAACUGUUCACUGGUGGCUUCAUGCCUUCGGCCAGGAAGAGGCUGUCUAUGCAGAAACGUCUGGCCGCCAUGAAAAAGGAGCUGGCGGUGGAGGAGCGGCGCUACCAGGCUUCACUUCCUCCACAUGCCCAGGCGGUCCUAAAGGGCAAGAACAUCCUUCUUUGGCGCAAGCUGCUCGUGGAGACAGGCUUCCCCGACCUGGACGCCCAGGAGCUCAUGGAGGGGGUCCCCUUGAUAGGAAGGCCAACGAAGUCGCCGCUCUACGACUGGAAAGAGAUCCCCGCAACUUGCACUAGGGAGGACCUCCUCGCUUCCUCAGUUUGGCGGAACAAGAUGCUUUCGGGAAAAGGGGCUGUGGGAGAUGAUGCUGAUCUCCUGCACAAGGUCUGGCUGGCCACUGAGAAGGAGGUGGAGAAAGGCUACCUCAUUGGCCCCUACGAGUCCCUCGAAGACGUCAAGGCAACCCUGGGCGCAGAAGAGGUUUGCUGCAGCAGGCGUUUUGGUGUUCGCCAGGGCUCCGGGGAUUCUGAGAAAUGCAGGCCCAUAGAUGACUACAAAGAGAGCGGGGUUAACACGGCCUACCAUGCUGUGGACCUACUUCAGUUGCAUGACGUCGACUACCUAGUCAACCUCUGCUGUCUCGUGGCGAACGCUGCUCAUGACGACGGCUUCACCAGGGUAGGGCUGUCGGAUGGCUCGACGCUCGUGGGGCGUACACAUGGUGAUCUUCUGGGGGGGGUCAAGUGGCUGGGGCGUUGCUUGGACCUGGAGAAGGCCUAUAAGCAGAUCCCGGUUAUGGCCAAAGACCUCGUCUUCGCAGUCUUGAUGGUUUGGGAACCUGGGUCGGGCUCGUGGAAAUACUUCAUCUCCAGGAGCCUCCCCUUCGGAUGCUGCGCGGCGGUUUACGGUUUCAAUAGGGUUUCUAGGUCGUUGCUGCACCUGGCCCUGCAUCUCGCCGGCAUGAUCGGCGGGGUCUAUUUUGACGACUUCCCUUUGCUUGAGCCGGCCCCCACUGCAAGGAUGGGCUCCCUCGCCAUCGAGUGCCUUCUGGAUGCCCUGGGUUGGUCGUACGCAGUGGGUGAUGACAAGGGCCGCCCCUUCGAAGAGACCUUUGACCUGCUUGGCAUGCGACUCAGUGUUGGGGAGCUUCUCGCUGGUCAGGUGGCCUUGGCAAACAAGCCUAGCCGCGUUGAGAAGAUCCGAGUCCAGGCUUCAAGGAUGGCAUCCUCAGGCUGCGUCACUCGCAGGGAAGCAGCCUCCCUGCACGGCCAACUGAACUUCAUGGUGGGCUUCGCGGCUGGACGAGCCAUGAAGAUAGCCUGCAGGGCCCUGGCCAACAUCUGCUACAUGAACCGCUCUCCCUCCGUGGAAGAGGUGAAAUCGCUGGGGCGCUUCAUCCUGAAGACACUCUCUGAUGCACGUCCGAGGACCUUCUCACUCCGGGCGCAGGGGAGCCCGGUCUCCAUCUUCACUGACGCAUCCUACGAGAAAGGCGUCGCCCGCUGGGGGAUAGUUCUGCUGGACCAGAGCUCCAAUAGAAGAUGGGUGGCAGCGGGCGAGAUCCCGCCCAAGCUUGUGGACUUCUGGCUGGCAGAGGGCAUCGAGCAGGUCAUCUCUCAGGCGGAGGCCUACGCGCUGGUUCUCUCGAGGCGGGCCUGCGCCUCGGAACUGGCCGGGAAGAGGUGCAUCUUUUACGUGGACAAUGACGCCGCCAGGUACACUUGCAUUAAGGCCAGCAGCCCCUCUCGUUCUCUACUGAACUUGGCAUGCCUCUUCUACGCCAGCGAGUCGGCUGGCGGCAUCGUGUCUUGGAUUGAGCGCGUUCCUUCUGCAAGCAACGUGGCCGACCUCCCUAGCAGGGGGGAAGCUGCGUUGGCAGCGCAGAUGAUUGGAGGUCGGGUCGUCGACUUCUCUCAGGCUGCGCAGCUUCUAGCAGAUGAGUGCAUGGACCUGAGCGACCUUCCCUGGGACCUCCUCUCGUCCUCGAGCGGAAACCUUUGGACACUGCCUUUCCUUUGA